AUCUACAGUGGAAGCAAAUAGUCCUGCUACUCGCAUUUUGAUUGGUUGCUCACAGUUCUACCGUUAUCUACUGGACCUUGAAAUAGCGUUGUCUUCUGGAACGUAUCGUACAUUGAUUUCUUUUCUUCACGUUUGCAAGAAAGUGUUAUAUGACGUCAUUGAUUUAAAGAUUAAGUAAUAAUAUUCCUUUUUUUCGUUUCCCUUCCUUUUUAUGAGCUUAAUUUUUAUCACCAACUGCCUUCAUUUUUCACAUUUAGUAUCAAAACCUAUCCAAAAUAGCUUGAUAACGUAACUUUAUUUUUGACAAACAGACGAAAUUGGCAGACGUUUGUAAGUCUUGUGACGCAAUCAAAAGAAUGUUCUAACAGUAAUUACAAUUCCAUUAUUGUGAAAUGCGGAAUGCCGCACAUUUGUGUUGUCUGGCUGCUAGCCUUGGCUGCUAGUAGGGCUCGGGCCGCAUUAUUGUUUAAAAUAAGAACGUGGGAACCUGCAGUGUAUUUUAGAGAGACAUUCUGUUAGUUUUCUGUUGGAUUUUCAUUGGAAAUAACACAACUCUACCUCAUUGCUGACCUUUGACUAAGCCAAGUCUUCGAGUCCAUCAAGCGGAGGGGGGCAAAAUGUUCAAAAACACCUUUCAGAGUGGGUUUUUAUCAAUUUUGUACAGCAUUGGGAGCAAGCCUCUUCAAAUUUGGGACAAGAAGGUCAGAAAUGGACACAUCAAGAGGAUCACUGACAACGACAUUCAGUCUCUGGUUCUGGAGAUUGUUGGAACAAAUGUCAGCACCACAUUCAUCACUUGCCCUGCUGAUCCCAAGAAGACUCUGGGCAUCAAGCUGCCAUUCCUGGUCAUGAUCAUCAAGAAUCUGAAGAAAUACUUCACAUUCGAAGUGCAGGUCCUGGAUGACAAGAACGUCCGCCGUCGGUUCCGGGCCUCCAACUACCAGUCCACCACGCGGGUCAAACCCUUCAUCUGUACAAUGCCCAUGCGGCUCGACGAUGGAUGGAAUCAGAUCCAGUUCAACCUGGCCGACUUCACGCGCCGCGCGUACGGCACCAACUACGUGGAGACGCUGCGCGUGCAGAUCCACGCCAACUGCCGCAUCCGGCGCAUCUACUUUUCGGACCGUCUCUACUCGGAGGACGAGCUGCCGGCAGAGUUCAAACUCUACCUGCCCGUCCAGGCCAAGGCUAAAGUGUGAGCGUCGGCGUCACGCGUCAGACAGAGCGCGGAGACGGCGGAGGCCGAGCGGCGAGAGGGGUGAGUCGGCCCCGGGACAGACUGAGAAAUCCAACACCAAGUGCCCACGGUGAGGAAAUUGUGCGUCACGCUGUUUGGAGCUCUGAUCUCGUGUGGUAUAGGCGCGGAAUGACAGCUAUUUGCUGGAAAGAGUCAUGACAUACAUGCACGGCAUGCGCGUGUGAAUUUCCCGAUACGGUCAUUCACUCCACACAUAAAUUGAGGCGGGUCGGACGAUGCACCGCUCAUUUUCUAUAUCCGCUGUCACCUCACCAGUGCAAAUUAUUUUUGGCACUAUUCCCGAAGAAUCCGAGCCACCGCGAUCAUACAUAUCAGGUGGCGUGGGCGCAGCGAGUGCCGUAGUUGUGUCGUACUCACCACUUGACGUAUUUGUUUCCAUGUGCAUUCGUUGCGUUCGCUCAUCAAGUGUGAUUCUAGUCGACACAUUGUUAUUUCACUCACUGCGCGCAUCGUGCAAUAAAAUCGAAUGUUCCUUCA